AAAAUAAAAAUGCAGACACACACUUAUCCAUUUAUUUGCUUGUUACAUACAGAUAACAUAAACUGAUAUCCUCCAAUAUCAAUCACCUAAAAAUGGCGAUGGCAACGGCAACUAGUUGCUCUACUGUUUGUUUUCGCAAGCCAAAUUUAGCCACAAAGUUUUCUUCGAGUGCUGAAAUAGGGUUUGUUACUUCUCAAUUGAGUGGCAUCAGAAUUUCAUACGACUUCUCCAAGCCUGUUACUUCCAUUUCUACUCCGCCUCUACAACCCAUUGUUGCCCGUAGAGUGUGUCCCUUUACCGGGAAGAAAGCAAACAGGGCGAACUUAGUUUCGUUCUCAAACCACAAGACGAAGAAAUUGCAAUUUGUGAACUUACAGUACAAGAGGAUUUGGUGGGAGGCUGGCAAGCGUUUUGUUAAGCUAAGAUUGUCUACCAAGGCAUUGAAGACUAUUGAGAAGAAUGGUUUGGAUGCUGUGGCUAAGAAGGCUGGCAUUGAUCUUCGCAAGAAGUAGAAAUUUUGUAGUGACUAUUUCUUGCAUUUUGAUUGUUUUUAUCUGUGAAUUCUGAUUUUUCCUAUGUUCAGUUGAAUUGUGUUUUAUGGCAA